UGAAUCUAUUACAAAAUUGGUGCGUGUUUGUCAAAACAUCUUGUCGUUUGGAAAAUUUGUAAUUGCAAAAUUUCUGUUCCUUCGUUGCUCAGUUCGGAAUAUAUCGCUGUUAUUAUUACGAUUUUUGCAGAAGAAAUUCGAAAAUUUUAAAGAAAGUGUAUUAAUUUACCGCUGGCUAUUUAAAAAUGUCAUAUCUUGGAAAAGGAUGUAACGUAUUGCCUAAUAGUAGCGACCUUAAUGAGCUAAUCGAGGACACAAGUUUAUUAAUCGCAUCCGUAUACACUAUGUUGGAUCGGACUCAAAGCACACCACAACGAACUGCGUCAUCACUCGGGCGUAGGUCCCACAACAAUAGCGAUAGCAGUGGCCAACUUGAAAGGGCAAAUUCUAAUUCUAGCUCACCGAAAUCGCCGAAAACACCACGUUUAAAUUUACCCGCUAGAACAACAUUGUCCACACCAUCAAGUAGAGAAAUUGAACAGGAAGUCAAUCGAAAUCGAUUUUGUGAGAUGUUGGAGCGCAAUUUACGCACUGUGGCUUCGGAGCAAGAGCAACUCGUUGGCAGACGUCUAGAAUUAACAUCACCAACUACUCCACCAACAGAGAGACCUCAACCGGUAAGAACAAAUAGAGUGCGCGCACCAACACCCGAGGAAGUAAUCGAUUUAAGUGAUUCAAUGAAUAUGCCGGUACCAAUUAGGCGGUCCUAUCCAUUUAACGACGAUGUAAUAGUAGUGACACCAGAUGAUGGAGAUGUCGUUGAUCUUUGUACACCAAAUUUCCGUCGAAAUAAUGGACGCUCAAGAAAUAGACGAACCACCACUGACGUUAAUGCCAGAACCGGGAACGCAACACGACAACGUUUGACCGCAUCACGUCGCUUAAGCUCUGCAAGCGGUCAUAGAGCCUCAUCACGUCGUUCACUAACUUCGAACGAAGGCAGUUCGUCGGUUAGCUUCACCUCCGCAACAACAUCAACAACAAACAUAGGAACAGCAAACAAAGACAAAGUUAAUGAGUGGUCGCCUGGUGCACAAGUUGCAAGUUCCGAUGCUGGUGUGGUGAACGAAAGUGGCCGCGUCCCUUUUAUGUGUGCUGUUUGCAUGGAGAGUUGCGUCAAUAAUCAACCCACAUCAACCAAGUGUGGUCACGUUUUCUGCGCCAAUUGCAUACGUCAAGCCUUACGUUUGACACGCAAGUGUCCCAUGUGUAAUACCAAGCUCAGUCCCAGCAUGCUAUUCCGUAUAUAUAUUUAAGUUAUAAUCGAAGCCAAUUGUUGCACACUUUAACCAGCGCUUAUGGGCUCCAACUCCUUAAAACAGAAAACGGUAAAUCAUAAUCAUUCUAAUGUUGCUUGCUUUUUAUAGGAAUUUCAUAUAUUAUUUUAACCAUUUAUUUGCUCAGAAUUUAAGUUUGUUGUCAUGUCUCAUGUAAAAACUAUAAUAGUAAAAUCUAAGUUAGACCGUAUGUUAUUUUUUCAAAACUUUUAUAUAAUAUUUUCAUUCAAACUCACCUAGAAAGAAAUGUAUAUAUAAAAAAAAAAAAAAAAUGUAGUGCUUUAUCUGAAAAAGUAUGAUGCGAUUUUUUAUUUUAUUUUCAUAUUGAAAACAAGAACUUCCGUUAUGUGAUUCGCCAUGCCGUUAUCAAAAAUUUAUUUGCAGUUAUGUAUGUACUUUGCUUUGCAAAUAUUUUGUGACGUAUUCUUUCAAAUUUAGUUUGCCGGGCAUACGAAAAUUGAUUGGGGUUAGAAUUUAAGCAAAUAAAAAUGUAAAAGAACUAAUAUUAAUAAAAAUCGUAUCUUUUUCAUUC